AGCAGAUAAAGGGCAUUCUAAAUAUAUUUCUUUUCUAUAGAUGCUCGUCUCCCGUUACUGGAGACCAGGAAUUAGCGUGUCUGCCUGAGGAUGCGGUUGCUUCUUUAUAGGGGGCAAAAAAAAAGGAUCCAGAAGAAAUCCACACAGAUUGCCAGCUCCAGGAUGUCAGCCACAGCUUCCAGCAAGAGGAAAACCUUUGCAGCCAGAUAUUUCACCCGCUCCAAGAGCCUGGUGAUGGGAGAGCAGAGCCGAAGUCCUGGGAGGCCAUUGCAGCCCAGCCCUGUGCUGAAGGCAGGCUGGCUGCGGAAGCAGAGAAGCAUCAUGAAGAACUGGCAGCAGCGCUGGUUUGUGUUGCGUGGGGAUCACCUCUUCUACUACAAGGACAAAGAUGAGGCUAAGCCCCAGGGAUUUAUUUCUCUACAAGGGACCCAGGUGACUGAGUUUCUUCCUGACCCAGAGGACCCAGGAAAGCACCUCUUUGAGAUCACCCCAGCUGUCUUCCAAGUCUCCGGAAUAGAUUCUUCUAGAAAGAUUGCAAUUAAUGGUCCUUGACUUCUAAGACAAUGAGUCUUUGAGA